GCGGGGCCCGCUGACCCUUGCACACGCGCGUGGCAGAGGAUGACGAGCAGCAGCAGCUCCCCGAGUCUCCUGAGCGACGGCGCCGCCUACGCCGGCCGCGACGUGUCCUCGGCCUCGUCCCUGUUCACCGACUUCGCGGCUCUCAGCAUCUCGCAGAGGAGGAAGACCCCGAACCCCACGGCCAGCGAGUUCGUCCCGAAGGGCGGAGCCGCGCCGCGCCCCGCCCCCGCCUUCCCGCCCGGCCCCGCCCCCGCCGCGCUGGCGCCAGGGCUGUCGCUGUCGGCCGGGUCGUCGCCGCUGCACUCGCCGCGGAUCACGCCGCCCCCGUCCCCCGGCGCGCGGCGCCGCAGCCACACGCCCGGCCCGCCCCCGGCCCCGCCCCCGGCUUCCUGGCUUCCGGCCCCGCCCCCCGCGGCGCCCGGCCUCAUCCAGAAGGAGACGGUGGGCGGAACCACGUACUUCUACACGCAUGCGCCGCCCGCGCCCGCCGGCCUGGUGUUCCCGAGCUUCCACGUGUACCCGCCCGCGGCCCCGCACGUGGCCUACAUGCAGCCCAAGGCGCACGCGCCGUCCUUCUUCAUGGCCGACGAGCUGCGCCAGGAGCUCAUCAGCCGGCACCUGAUCACGAUGGCGCAGGUGGACGAGGCGGACGUCCCGGCCGUGCCCGCCGGGGUCGGCGGCUACCACAGCCUGUUCCCGCUGGAGCCGCUGCCGCCGCCCAACCGCGUCCCGGGCGCCGGGGGCCUCGGCUGCGUGACGUCGUGCUACAAGGCCGUGAGCGGCCGCGGCGGCGACGCGCUGGCCUACUGCCUGCGCCGCGUGCACGGCUUCCGGCUGGUGAACACGCGCUGCAUGGUGCUCGUGGACAUGUGGAAGAAGCUGCAGCACAGCAACAUCGUGACGCUGCGCGAGGUCUUCACCACCAAGGCCUUCGCCGAGCCCUCCCUCGUGUUCGCCUACGACUUCCACGCGGGCGGCGAGGCGCUGCUGAGUCGCCACUUCAACGACCCGAGCGCAGACGCGUAUUUCAGCAAGCGCAAGUGGGGUGAGCGCCGCGCCCCGCCCCCCGCGCGGCUGCCGCCCGAGUCGCUGCUCUGGGCCUACGUGGUGCAGCUGAGCUCGGCGCUGAGGACGAUCCACGCCGCGGGGCUCGCGUGCCGCGUGCUCGAGCCCAGCAAGGUCCUCGUCACGGGCCGCAGCAGGCUGCGCGUGAACUGCGUGGGCGUCUGCGACGUCCUGACCUUCGACAACAGCCAGAGCAGCAACCCGCUGGCGCUCAUGGCGCAGUACCAGCAAGCCGACCUGGUGGCGCUGGGGAAGCUGGUGCUCGCGCUCGCGUGCAACUCGGCGCUGGUUGUGCAACGCGACAACGUGCCCCGCGCGCUGGAGCUCGUGAGUCUGCACUACUCGGCCGACCUCAAGAACCUCGUGCUGUACCUGCUGGCCGAGCCGGGCCGCCCGCGCUCCGUGCAUGACAUCAUGCCCAUGAUCGGCGCCCGCUUCUACACGCAGCUCGACGCCGCGCAGAUGCGCAGUGACGUCAUCGAGGAGGACCUGGCCAAGGAGGUGCAGAACGGGCGUCUGUUCCGGCUGCUGGCGAAGCUGGGGACCAUCAACGAGCGGCCAGAGUUCCAGAAGGACCCCGCGUGGGCCGAGACGGGCGACCGCUACCUGCUGAAGCUCUUCCGCGACCACCUGUUCCACCAGGUCACGGCCGCGGGGGCCCCGUGGAUCGACCUCAGCCACAUCGUGUCGUGCCUCAACAAGCUGGACGCGGGCGUGCCGGAGCGCAUCAGCCUGUCCUCGCGCGACGCCAAGAGCGUCCUCGUGGUGACCUACGGCGACCUCAAGCGCUGCUUCGAGAACACGUUCCAGGAGCUGCUGGCCGCGGGCGCCGCCGAGUGCGCGCGGACACGCACUCUCCGACCCCUGACCCCGGCGUCCGCUCGCUCACUGAGGCGGGGCCCACGCGCGCCCCGCGCCGCCCGGGACCCCGAGCGCCUCCCGCGCCCGCCGGGGACGCGGGCGGGCGAACACGGACCCCCCGUCCACGCCACGCGUGACCGCGGCCCCACGCGUGUGCCAGACCCGGCCAGCGAGGACGCGACCUGCGGGAGACGGCGACGAGGUCAAGCCGUGUCUGCUCCCACCGUCUGCCCGCGCCACGCGUGA